CCACUGCUCUGGUCACCACUCCAGCCACUGGUCACUACUCCAGCCACCGGCACCUGCCCAGCCAGCCCCCCGGCCAUGGCUCCCCGCGGGUCGCUGCUGCUGCUGGCGCUGCUGGUGCUGAGCUGUGCCCUGCCCCGCGCCCCCGCCCAGCACUGGUCCCACGGCUGGUACCCGGGGGGCAAGCGGGACCUCCGGACCCCCCGGCUGUGCCCCGGGUGGUCCCCGCGGGUGGUGCCGGCGCGGGGCCGCAAGAGCCGCCACGACCCCCCGGCCAAGUCCAAGGCAGGGCGGCUGAAGCUGCCGCCGCCCGUGGACCCCGAGGAGCUGCUGGUGGUGCUGGAGCGGUACCGGCAGCACCGCCUGGUGCUCGGAGCUCUCCGGGCCGAGUUCAGGGCCGAGGUGCUGCAGAAGAAGCGGGAGGAGCGUCUGGGUGGGGAGAACUCCGCGGAGCUGCUGGAGGAGCACCGGCGCCUGAUGGCCUGGAAUGAUGAGGAGAAUGCCCGGCAGCGGGCACGAAGAGAGGAGAGACUCAGGAAAGAAGCAGAGGAAGAGAAGAGGAGGAAGUUGGAGGUCGCAGAGAAGCAGGCCAGGAAAAUGGAGGCUUUCAUGAAGGAGAAGGAGCAGGAGGUUCUCCAGCUGCAGGAGGAAGCCAAAAGCUUCAUCACCCCCGAGAACCUGGACGCGCGGAUCGAGGAGUGCCUGGACAACCCGCGCAACUACAACUUCGCCAUCGACAAGGACGGGCGGGUCGUCAAGCGCACGGUGCUGUCGUAGCAGCCCCAGGAGGGGGCUCCUGGCCUGCUUUUGUGCCCAGAGCCUCCUCCCCAGAAGACCUGGAGUUCUUCUUUUUAAUGUAUAAAUUGGCCACGGAAGUGGUGGAGAAAG